AUGGUUCCCGUGCCUAUCUAUACUGCGGAGGAGGCUCUUGGCUCCAUUCUUCAACGGAAGCCGCUCGAUCUCAAUCAAGUAAGCGCACUGCAACAGGAAAGAAUCCUGAAAAUCUUCGGUGAGGCACUUUCCCCCCGGGAGGCAGUGCAGCGAAUCCUAGAAUCCGUACGCACGCAAGGUGACAUCGCACUCCUGGACUGGACCGCGCGGCUAGACGGAGUUGUCGUGGACUCACCCAAAGCGCUUGAGGUACCUGCGGCGGAGCUGGAUCACGCCCUAUGCAGUUUGGAAAAGACCGAACCGUCCCUAUAUGAGGCGUUGCACAUUGCAGCACGACGUAUCGCAGCGUUCCAUGAAGAGCAGCCCGUCAACUCCUGGUUUACGACGAAACUCGGGGGCCAAGUAGGGCAGCUGGUGCGACCUCUUCAAGCUGUUGGUUUCUACGUUCCCGGAGGUAACGCAGCGCUCCCUAGCACAGCGCUGAUGACGAUGAUUCCCGCCAUUGUGGCGGGGUGUCGACGUUUCGUGGUGACCUCGCCGCCUUCCCGCGAAAGCAAUGACAUUAGCCCCGUAACGCUCGCUGCGUGCGCCCUCUGCAAGCAAAUGCUCGAGGAGCGUCAUCGUCAUGCUCUCACGAAGCGUGAUGAGGCGCUUUCGUUCCAGGUCUUUCGUCUGGGCGGCGCACAAGCUAUCGGGGCUAUGGCGUAUGGCACACAGACUUUACCCCGUGUCGACAAAAUCGUUGGACCUGGCAACCUGUACGUCACUUUGGCGAAACGAGAGGUGUACGGGAUCUGUGACAUCGAUGGAAUCUAUGGACCAACCGAGGCAAUUGUCGUUGCAGAUGCCUUCGCCAACGCUGAGCUGGUUGCUGCGGAUCUGCUCGCUCAAGCGGAGCACGAUGAAGCAGCGAUACCAAUCCUCUUGACGCCAACGCGGACGUUUGCUGAAAAGGUUCGCGAAGCGCUCCAUCGACAACUUGCUUCGUUACCGACGGCUGCUGCAAGGCAGCGUGCCCAGCACGCGAUUCAACGCCAGGGCGGACUCGUCGUGUGCGAUGAUCUCGAAGCAUGUGCGAAGCUCUGCAGCGACUUUGCUGCAGAACACGUCUCCUUGAGUGUCAACCAGCCGUGGGACCUGGUCUCUCGGAUCCAUCACGCCGGUGGCAUUUUUGUCGGAGAGAGUUCUGGUGAGGUUCUCGGCGACUAUGUGGCCGGCCCGAGUCAUGUGAUGCCGACCGGUGGUAGUGCCCGUUAUGCGAGCCCCAUCAACGUAUGGGAUUUUGUGAAAAUCACCAGCGUUAUUGCUUUGGACAAGUCGACAGCGCGGGAAGUCGCCGCAGCUGCUGAGAAAAUUGCCGCUGCAGAGCGGUUGGACGCGCAUGCCAGCGCCGCCAAGCAGCGUCUACAAAAGGAUUCGUAA